AUUCGGCAGAAGUCUCUGAAACGAUCUGGGGAAGAGUUGGUGGGAUAUGAUGGCCGGGGCACGUGAUUAGGAUUCCAAUCCAGUUCAGCGACAGCGUGUGUACUCGGUGAGUAUGGGAUAUGAGUGAGGAUCUGCCAGUGUCUGUGCCGCUGAAUUCUGCUCCAUAAGUGAGGGACUCUGAGCAUCAUGGACCUCAACGACAAAGUGGGUGACCGGCCCCCGCCUGGAGAUACAGAACAAGAGAUGGAGUCAUUAGGCCCACAUCGUAUCACCCGUCGAGAGGCGAGAUAUGGAAAGAGAGGAACUGGAAGAACCCCUCAGUCCAAAACCAUUAAACAGACCACUUCCGAACCCAAACCUGUCUCCCCAUCUGUACAGCAUAAUCUACUGUAUGGAGAAGCUCUGUAUACUGUCCUACAUAGAAUGGGAUGUGCGGAACCAGAGUAUAUAUUCGACACUGGCCAAUUAUAUGACUAUUUACAGAAGGCUUUCAGCAUGGAACCUGAAGAACAUGAAGCCAUUCUACAGCAUAUUGAAGGACUGCCGCCACCAAUCUUCUGUGUAAAAGUCACCGUCAAAGAAGCCAAAGGCAUUCUGGGAAAGGAUGUUAGUGGUUUCAGCGACCCCUAUUGUAUGCUGGGGAUUGAGAAUCGUGCCAACCAUCGGUCCAGGGACAACAGUCCUAGCCAUGAAAAGAAGCAAAGGCAGAAAGCAGUCGUGCGCAACUUGAUUCCAGAAGAUCAAACACACAAGACCCAGGUCAAAGUCCAGACCUUAAGCCCUGUGUGGAAUGAGACUUUCAUACUGGAAAUUGAGAACCUAGAAAAAGCAUGGUUUCAUAUGGAUAUGUGGGAUUCGGAUGAUGUAGAAUCAGUCAGAGCUAAGCUGGGGGAGAUCACAGACCUGCACGGGCUGAGGAGGAUAUUUAAGGAUGCCCGGAAGGACAAAGGGCAAGAUGACUUUUUGGGCAAUGUAGUUCUACGACUGGGGAACCUGAGGUGUAAGGAGGAUUGUUGGUACAAUCUGGAACCUCGGACAGAGACCUACCCAGAGAGAGGGCAGUGUCACCUGCAAUUCCUUCUCACGCACAAGAAGAGAGGGACAAUGCUGAGUAAAACACCAAGUUACAUUGUUCACCGUCAAUUGCUCCAGCAGUUUAUACGUCAUGAGAUCAAAUGCCACCAGGCCGCUGGCACCAUGUGGGAUGGGGAGAUCAGUCCUCAUGGCUGUACUAUCUUGUACCUGCACGCUACUCAGAAGGACCUAUCUGAAUUCCACCAGGGCCUUGCGCAGUGGCUGGCAUAUAGUAAGCUGUACCAGAGCCUGGAGUUCAGCAGCAGCUGCUUGCUUCAUCACAUUACGAGUAUUGAGUACCUCUGGGUUCAAGGACGGCUGCAGGAGGAGCAGAAAACUGAGCUGGCAGAGUCUUUUGAGUCCCUCCUUCAAUAUGGCGUGUCCGUACUACGGAAAUAUCGCAUUAUGUUCCCUCUGUCAGCCUCACGGUCUGUAGAACAUUUACAGGGUCUACUACGGGUACUAAUUCAAAUGUGUAAGACCAAGGCUUUCCGAGAGAUGUGUUCUUUGGCGCCAAGUCUACAGGAAAGAGUAUCUGAUGCUAUCAAGGCUGGAACCCAUGAAUGGUUUGAUAUGAAGCGUCAGCAUCUUCAGCCAAUGAUUCAGAGCCAGGAGGACAACCUUAAGUCUUUGCUGAGUCUGGUAACCGAUAUCAUCAGCGAUCUGCAGAGCUGCCACAAGACCUGGAACAAGUGUUUCCUAAACACCGUUAAACUGGAUAUCUUCAGCCUUACGUUCCUGGAACUGGAGGAAUUGGUUUCCCAGCAUUUGCUCAGCCAGCUCCCUUCACCAAACCAUAGUUCUCAACCACCACUCUCUGAGCUCCUGUACCAGCUCUACAUCACCUUACGAGAGCUCCAUAAGCUUCACAUCUACCUACCCAAGAGGGAUGUCCCACUUCCAUUGUCUGGAUUCCAUCGCUGGUUUGUAAACUCAUUACCCAACUGGCUGCUGAAAGCUUACACCACUGCUCAAGAGAGGGUGCAAAGAGCUGUACAAAUUGACCAGCUAGUACCAUUGUCAGAAUUACAGAAACAUAGUGCUUCCACUGUGGAUCUCUCCACAUGCUUCACACAGAUCGGCCGCACGUGGCAGCAGCUCGACUGGCCGGAUCCUGAAGAGGCUUUCAUGAUUAUGGUAAAAUUCACAGAGGACAUGUGCCGCAUUGCCCUCUCUUACUGCACGAUGAUUAAAAAAAGAGCAGAAGAGAUAUCAGAAAGAGGAGAUGCUGGGCAAGCUGCAAACAAGCUGUGCCUGGUUGUGAAUAACAUUGAACAGCUGCACUUAGUGGUGCAGUCCUUGCCUGUGAACUUGGACUGGGAAGGCCUGCAGCGUAAAACACGUGAAGUUAUCAGCACAGACCAAUUCAAGCACACGCUGUAUGGCCAGCUGGAGAUCGCUGUACGCUCCCUGGACCACGAGAUCAGAAGUGUUGUGCAGGCACUUGCUCAGAAAUUGGUAGCUGGAAUUGCCAAACACCUUCACUCUCUUGCUGCUGCCAGUGACUCCAAAGAUCUCAGUGAUUGCGUUAUACCCCUGAUGAGAUUCCUGGAGUCGGAAUUGCAGUACAUGAAUCAGAACUUAGUGCACGAAAACUUCAACUGUCUCCUAUCCCUGCUUUGGUCACACAUUCUGACUGUGAUCUCGAGUCUCUCCAGACAUAUCAGUUCCUCCCCACGAUAUUACAAGAGGCUGCAUGUGGCACUUAAGAACCUGGAGUUAUGUUUCCAUGCAGAAGGCUGUGGCUUGCAGACAGAAGACCUUCAUACGCCCAUUUUCACUAACCUGGAGAAAGAACUGGAGCUUUGUUCUUCCUCCACUCAAAAAGUCAUUGAGUGUUAUUACCAACAAAGGAUCCAGGAGCAGCUGGAAACCACGUCUGAGAAGUAUGGAGCGGUGACAGUGAAAGCCAGCUACCUCCCGUCAGACCAGAAACUGCGCGUUGAGAUCCUCAAUGCUGUGAAUCUCCUUCCUCGGAAUUCAAACGGGGGCAGUGACCCGUUCGUGCAGCUGAGCCUGGAACCCAAGCACGUUUUCCCGGCUGUGGAGCAACGUUCUACCCAAAUACAGAAGAACGAGCAGAACCCAUUGUAUGAUGAAACGUUUGACUUUCUGGUGACCUCUGGACAAUGUGAGGAGCCUGGAGCUUGCCUUCUACUCGCCGUCUUCGAUUAUGACACCUUCCUGUCAAAUAGUUUGGAGGGAGAAGCAUUCCUGGCUCUGGCAGAUCUUCCUGGAUUACAGAGAACAGAACUGGAAGGCAGCGACGUCAUGGUCAACAUACCCCAGCGGCGGCUGCCCCUUACUCAUCCAAAACCUGGCGCAGAUAGAAUCCUUGAUCUUCUGGAGUCUCGUCGAUCCGACAAGGAAGCUGCCAUGUUUGUCAAGUUACGUAAGCAGAGGGUCAGGCAGUGUAUGAAAUGUGAGAAAUGACCCAGAGACGGCGCCAUAGAUGAAAUAUACUGAGAAAUAUCCUGAGAUGUGAUAUUCCUGCACAGCUUCAGGAAGAGCGGUUACCUUUGUGCUAGGACCGGGACAUACAGCAACGGCUUUGCCAUGUUUUUGGUCUACGCUGCCUGCAGUUGUGUAAAUUACCAAACAAUUGUUGGAUCUCAUGUUUUAUAAUAGAUGUUAUAUAAUACAUGUAUGCAAUAAAUAAAUUCAGCCCUUCA